GCGGGACAAAAUGCCGAAAUAGUGUAAUGUUUUUGACAAGAGGAGUUCGUACUGUGGCAAAUGAAAAGAAGUUUAAGUGUGUACAUCUAAUAAUUACAUGUAUGUGACACCAGUGAAAAAUUAAAUAGAAACAUCUGAAAUCUGUGAUUUACUGUUGCUACAUAGACCGGGAUGUCAUCUGACAAGAACCAGGAGCUUCCCCGUGGUCUGAUUGGUCGGAGAGGUGCGCCAACUGGCAAAGCUGCUAGACUGCCAUCACUGAAAGGGCCAAGAGAUCUCACUCUUGGUGGUGUUCCAAAGAAAGUUUUCACUCCUAACAUACCAUCAAGGAAGGACAAGGCAAAGGAUGGACCUUCUCCUGUGGCCAGCGAGGCAGGAACUUCUUCCUCUACUAGCAGCAUUCCAGACAGAGGUCGCGACUCUCGUGGCAGAGGUAGGGGUCGAGGAAGAGGGCGUGGCAGAGGUCAAGAGAAUGUCGUCCAAUCACAUUCCAUAUUUGAACAAGGUCCUGGAGAAAGACACUUACCUAAGGGAGGCUCAUCUUCAUUUGAUGGUGGAGACCGAAUUCAGACCUCAAGAGUGACUAUCAAAAAGGAGAAGAAAGAUGCAGAAAGAUCAAAGCAAGCGUUAGAGCAUCUUUUAAGAGAUGAUUUUAUAUCAGAUAUCCCUGAUGGUGACCCCAGUAUGGUCCCUGUUCAUCUACCACUGGAAUCCAGUGUUAAAAAGGAAGAAAAACCAGAUGAGAUUCCAAAAAUCAAAACUGAACCUAAAGAUGUUCCCAUGGAUGUUGAUGACGAUUCUAGUGAAAAACUAUCAAAACAUGCCGCCCUGUCACAGAAACCAGUAAUCAAAAGUACCAGUGCUGUUUUCACCUGUAAGGAUCUGCUCUCAAAAUGUACCAAAUCAGAUAGUGGGGAGCAGCUGUUGUUUUUCCACUUGCCCGAUGUCCUUCCUGGCCUUCCACCGCGACGAGACGAGGAUCCUAGACAGAAGUCUGCAGGAGAUUCACGGUCGAAUGCUGAACAAGGCAAAAAGGAAGAAAACAAAGAUGAAGCUGAAAACGUUUCAAAGAAGCUUGCAACUUGUUCACUGUCGGAUUUCUCGGAAGGGUUUAUUGGCAAACUUCAAGUGAGAAAGUCUGGAAAGGCUCAACUGGUUCUAGGAAGUGUUACCCUGGAUGUCACCAUGGGAACACCUUGUGGAUUUCUGCAGGAUCUUGUUUCAGUGCAUACUGAAGGAAACUCUGGUCACAUGACUAUGCUUGGACAUAUACGUGAUCGACUCGUUUGUACACCAGACUUUGAAACACUUCUCGAUUCCACAUGACAGUGUGUUGUACAUUAUCCUUUGGAUUACACAGAUACCACCAUAUCGGAACAAGCAAGUGUUGCGAGACUGUGCUCAUUAUAAAAGCCUUUGGGCCGCUUUCCAUUAGCACGUUUCCAGGUGCAACUAUUGAUAUAGUGCAUAAACUCGGUACUUUUUUCACAUCCACAGUACCUUUUCCAUAUUCGCGGUUUAGUAUGUGGCUUCACACAUUAAUGGAAAGUGGGUUGAACACUUGGGCUGUCAGUGCUGUGGUCUGGUAAAUGUUCCACUGGACAAUUACUAAGUGACAGGUGGUGUGAUUGCAAGAAAGAUGAGAUAUGAGAUUAAACAUUAUUUUCACAAUC